AUGUUCGAUAUUCACUCUGAUACUCGUCGUUAUAUACCUGUUGAGGUUCGAAUUAAAAGUUAUCAUGUAAAGCAUGGCGUUCAACCAUGGUAUUAUCAAACGCCAGUGAUAAAUGAUUCAAAUGAUCAAAUCCAUUUUUCCAUUCUCUAUAGUCCAAAAGAUGAUGAAUUUGAUGCUUUCAAACCACCGGCUGUUAAAGUAAAUCUUAUUCGAUUUAUUAUAAGAAAAAACGAACUAAAACGCUUAAAUAUGAUUUGUAUAUAUCAAUAUAGUUUACCAAAUAAACAGAAUAUAAAACCAUACUGUAGUAUUGGUUCGAAAACGAAAAGUGUCAUUAUUGAUGAUUUGACAAUGACAUGUUAUUAUUAUUAUCUUGGUGAAGAUUCAGAAGAUAAUACCAGAAUGGAAAGAGAAAUGUUCGAUGAGUUAGUAAGUAGAGAAACUGUUUUUGAUUAUAUAAAAUACCUAGGACGAAUAAAAUGA